AUGUUCUCCCUGUCCAUGAUGGUGGGACUGGUCCCGAUAGUUUCCCUGUUGGGGUUGUUCUACUCGGCGGCGGUGGACGAGAACUUCCCUCAGGGCUGCACCAGCAGCAGCAGCCUGUGCUUCUACAGCCUGCUGCUGCCGGUCACCAUCCCCGUCUACGUCUUCUUCCACCUCUGGAGCUGGAUUGGCAUCAAGCUCUUCAGACACAACUAGGUGACGAAGGACCCGUCUUUUAUUUAAACCAAAACAUGUAGUAAACCAAAAGGUGGCGGUGGAAGGUUGGACAUCACGUCAUUGUAUUACAAACACGACUACGGUGACGUUUAAUGGCAGGAACGGGAAUAUAACAAGCUUCAGCAAUACGUGUUGUGAUUGAGAGGAAAUUAUGGAAAUAAUUAUGCGUUCCAUUAUAACUCGGAGCUCGGAAUUACCGACCUCGGAGUCGGAAGUUGCAACUGGAACGAGUCGCAAUUCUGAUUUCCGAGGUAUAAUGGAACGCAGGGUAGGACACGAAACGUUUUAACACAUAGGUCAGUUUUCAGUGUAAACAUGGGCAGAUUUUUGGGCUGAAGAAAAUAACCAGCAAUACUAUAAAUAAAGAUUUGUUUUGAAUAGUGGAAAUAAUUUUGCUUAAAACACAGAAUAACAGCUGACGACUUCUCAUCCUGUUUUGUUUUUUUACAGUUAGAUCAUGAUGUUUGAGCCGAACUCAAAGCUUUAACUUUUUAACUGUAUUAUAUUUCUGUUGUGGCAAAUGACAUAUGACGCUGUUACAUGCCGCUAUGGUGGUGAAAUUAAUAAAGAUUAAUUAAGGAUUUACCAACUCCACUGUUAUAACUCAGCAGUUUUUUUGCAGAUUGUAGAACAUUGUAAACUGAUCCUGUACAAUAAAUACACUUAAAGCUA